AUGAAGAAGGUCGUGCUGCUUUUGGUCAUGCUCUUUCUAUCAUCCGCGCAUGCCGUGGGGGAAGAACUGGGAGACCAGCACGAGCUGAACUACUGGGCGGAUUGGUCCGACGGAGGCGAGCAGAACCAGGAAAAGUUGCCUUUCCCUUUUGAACACUUUCUUCAGAGGAUUGCCAGAAGACCCAGACCUCAGCAAUUCUAUGGGUUAAUGGGCAAACGGGAUGCUGGAUAUACCCCUGUCUCACGCAAAAGAUAUAAAACAGACUCAUUUGUUGGACUCAUGGGCAAAAGAUCUUUAAAUUCUGGAUCUUCUGAAUGGAGUGCCCUGCAAAUGUUUGAAAGAAGACGCAAAUGA